UUCUCUCUUCACGAAGAAGUAGCGUCGCAUAAACCCUAAACAGGCACCUUAAACCCUAACCCUGGUUCCCAUAGAUCUCAUCGGAGAGAAUUGGUAUCGGAAACAAGGUUAACAAUGAGCGGCGCCGGCAGCCGGAGGACGGCGAGGAGCCGCGGGAGGCCAGCCGGCGUUGACUCCGAUCGAGAUGAAGCUGUUCGAAAUCAGAAGCCAAUACGAGUGAUUGGAAAGGAUCGGAGCCGGGAUCAUGGUCCCAUUCGAUUGAUGAAUGUUAGUGUUACAAAGCUUCUUGUGUUAGGGGUCGGAUUCUUGGCCUUUCUCUUCCUGGCAUCGUUGUAUUAUACUUAUAGUUUGGCAUCGGAGGAAGAUGAGGUGGCUCGAAUGGCGCGGACGUCUGUCACCCCAUUGGAUGCUCCUAAGAUGAUGGAUCUCCCGCAGUUUCAAGGAGAGCACAGGGAGAGCUUAUAUUGGGGGACGUACAGGCCCCAAGUCUAUCUCGGCAUUCGCGCCAGAACUCCACAGUCACUGAUUGCAGGGUUGAUGUGGAUUGGCAUUAAGAAUGGGCAGUAUUUUUUAAGACAUGCGUGCGAUGAUUCGGAUGGGCUUAACACAUUUGGUUGGAUUGAUCACAAUGGCCGUGAUUAUGGGCAUCAAGUUCUGGUUGAUCAUGAUAUCUCUUUGACAACAAGUUUCUUAAAGGACAGGCAGAAUGGCAGUGGCUAUGGAGGAGACUGGGCUGUCAGAGUUGACGUGAAGAACAAUGACUCAGAUGAAGCAAAACAAAACCUUGUGCAUCUUUUUUUCUAUAUGGCUGAUGAAGAAGGAAACUCUAUUAGCACUGGUAAGGACAUUGAUAACUUUGAUGGUGCUACUCUUUUGACAUUUGGAUCUCGCAAGGAUGUUGGGAGGUGGGAACUACAUUUGGAAUCAAAGGAUGUUUUCGAAAUUCACUAUUCUGGCUUCAAAACUCCGCACAUGCACAAUCUUACUGAGCUGGUUCAGGGGGCUCUUGCAUUCCAUGCAAGAACGACGGGGCGUCUUCUGCUGCCAGAUGUAUAUGAUGAUUCAUCGAAUGUAGUCGUGUUUCAGAUUACUGCCAAGCUUCCAUCUAAAUUGGACAUAGCGUUCAUAUCUGGAACUGGCUUGAGGAGUUCAAGAGUUGAAGAGCGCAUCAACCAACUCAGAGGAACCAAAUUGACUAGCCGAUUGGAUGAGAAACAGAAGGAUUUUGAAGAAAGAUUCCACAACAUUUUUAAUCUAAAGGAUAAGGUUGAUUCUGAAACUAUAGCUGUUGGCAGAGCAGCUAUUGGGAAUUUGCUUGGGGGGAUUGGCUACUUUUAUGGGCAGUCCAAAAUUGCCCUUCCAAACGGCUUUUCUCUUAAAAAUGGUGAUAAAUUCAUUUCUUAUUGGCCAGCUGCACUUUAUACAGCUGUUCCCAGCCGAUCCUACUUCCCAAGAGGCUUUCUAUGGGAUGAGGGCUUCCAUCAGCUUCUUGUUGGGCGCUGGGAUAUCAGUAUUUGUAUGGACAUCAUCGGUCAUUGGCUAGACUUGAUAAAUGUAAAUGGAUGGAUUCCUCGGGAACAAAUCCUAGGAGCUGAAGCUCUGAGUAAAGUCCCAGAGGAGUUUGUUGCUCAGCAUCCAUCAAAUGGGAAUCCACCAAUGUUAUUUCUUGCUCUGCGUGACUUGGUAAAUGGGUUGAAGGAAAACAAGUUUUCUGCCAAAGAAGCAAAUGAAGUUUCUGCUUUCCUAGAUAGAGCUUACAUUCGCCUUGGAAAAUGGUUCCAAUGGUUCAAUACAACACAAUCUGGGAAAGCUUUGAACACCUUCUAUUGGCACGGGAGAGAUAACACAACAAACAAGGAACUAAAUCCCAAGACAUUAUCAUCUGGGUUAGAUGAUUAUCCACGUGCAUCACACCCGAGCGAUGAUGAGCGCCAUCUUGACCUAAGAUGUUGGAUGUUUCUUGCUGCCAAUUGUAUGCAUUCUAUUGCAGAGCUCCUUGGAACAAAUAGUGGUCUUGAAAAGGAGUACGAGAAUAUGGCAAAAGAACUUGCAGACUUUGAAACCCUCAAUCAAAUGCAUUUGGAUGAUAUUUCUGGAGCAUAUUUUGACUUUGGGAACCAUACUGAGAAGGUUCGUCUGAGGUGGCGUGAUGUAGUUGUGGAGCAUCAUGUAAAGCGUGAGCUUAUACGAGAGGCAUCAGAAAAGCCCCAACUUACUUUGGUUCCUCAAAUUGGAAUUGUUGGUCUUUUUCCCUUUGUGAUGGGUAUUAUUCCACCUACUUCUUCAAUCCUUGGAAAACAAAUGGAUAUCAUUUCCAAUCGGACUAUCCUGUGGACAGAUUAUGGGCUUAGAUCCCUAUCUAGAACUAGCUCAAUGUACAUGAAACGCAACACAGAGCAUGACCCCCCUUAUUGGAGAGGUCCCAUUUGGAUAAAUAUGAACUUUAUGAUUCUUUCAGCUCUCCACCAUUAUUCACAAGAGAAUGGGCCAUACAAAGUUCGGGCAAAAGCAAUCUAUGAUGAGCUUAGGUCAAAUUUGAUACGGAAUGUAGUGAGGAAUUAUUAUGAAACCGGGUUUUUAUGGGAACACUAUGACCAAGCAAAUAAAGGGAAAGGCAAAGGCACGCGACCUUUUACCGGAUGGACUUCACUUGUUCUUUUGAUCAUGGCUGAAACUUACCCCAGUCUAUAAAGUGAUCUAUCUAUUUCAGAAGUAAACAUAACCAGUAAAAGGAAAUUUGGUGUAUUAUAAUUAGAUUUUGCGCCAUUCUGUUUUUUCCCCCUUUUGUUAUCAGGCCUAUUUUAGAGCUGUACAUUAUAUGCUGAAGAAACAAUAUUAUUGGAAGGGUAGGAUGGCACCGGAAAUAGUUAUUAUAAAAGUACAAGCUUAUGUGUAUUUCUGGUCAUGGUGUUUUAACAUUGUUUAUUACCAAUGUUAAUUUGUGUCCAUGUACUCUUGUUGAA